AUGGAAGCUUUGCCACAUGAUACCAGCCCUGUCACUAUUGUGCACUCUUCCGGGGUGUUCAUUCAUAAUGUGGCAUGGUGUCAUUGUCAGGGCCCUGUUCCGAAACAGCACCUACAGCUCCUUAGAGCAGGACUAUUUCCUGCCAGCUCCACCAGGCCCAAGACUGCCUUCACCUUCGAGGUCCUGGAUCAUUUUCUCAUUGAUUCCUUGGAAUGCAAGACUUCGGCAAGGAGCUUCUUUGAGAAACUCACAAGGCUGACUAAUAAUGCAUUUCCGGAUACUGUCCCUGAUCAGUAUCGUGAACUUAUGAGAGUAUCUCGCCCAGGAGAUCUUGCUCUCUUCUGCCCUUCGUGUCCGCAGCCAGGAAUCAAUAUGCCUUUGCUUUGGGAACAGAAGUGGCUUGUUAUGAAGAGAUUGGUGGUAGAUGGGAACUUUACUGCUCAGCACAUGAACAUGCAGGAGCCUGAACGAGACAUCUUCCUUUCGGAUGGUUCAGGUUAUAUGGUGAUGAAGUCAGAAUAUCAGGCUCACUUGGCCUCAGCAACCGAAAAACGUGUUAACAAUUGCCCUGGCUUGACACUCCCUGAAAAUACAGAGAUUGUAGCUGCAGUGGGGAAAUUUCAUCUCAGUGCUCAUAAGCUAGCUUGUUUUGCUAGAUACAGCCUAAACUUCAUCUUAGGCGCUGCCCAAGUUGACGGAGAAAUUCUGGAGACACUCUGGGCUCCCUUUAACAAGAUAUCUCCAACAGCCCAUUCUAUGAGCCAAGCCCACCGUCAAGAAAUCCUUGAUGACCAUAUGCGUAAUUCAAAUUGGAAAAAACUUGUAGGGAUUGGUGAGUGCUAA